UUUUUGAUGUACACCGUUGGUGGUAUAUGGCGACCUAUUGAGUGGUCAUCAAGUGGUGCCAAGCUGCUGUAUAGUAUAUUUACUUUUAUUAUAGUAUUAUCGGAAUAUUUUUUGGUAUUAACUCAAUUUAUGGAUAUAAUUUUUGUUGUCAAUAAUAUCGAUGAUUUUGCUACUAAUACGCUAAUGUUCUUCACUAUUGUUGCUGUUUGUUGUAAAGCGACUGUCGUUGUGCUACGUCGGAAUGCGAUCAUCAACUUGGUGAAAAUAUUGUUGGAGGCGCCAUAUAAACCUCGAGAUGAGGGCGAAAUAGCGAUACAAACGAAAUUUGAUAAGUUUAUUAAGUCAUGCUCGAUAAAAUAUUCACUUUUGGCAACAUGCUCCAUUACAGGUCUUACGCUAGGAUCAGUAUUAAAUGUCAUGCAUGGUCACUUACCUUAUCGAAUAUGGCUGCCAUGGGACUACCAUGUACCCAUGAGAUUAUGGAUUAUAUCGAUUCAUCAGAUCCUUACUGUAAUUUUCGCUGCUAUCAUAAAUGUUGGCACGGAAACUUUAGUUUUCGGAUUAUUUAUACAAACAUGUGCUCAGCUUGAAAUUUUCGAAAAUCGUCUCCACAAAUUAAUAAUUAAUAACACAAUUAGAUAUUUGGAACGUGCACUUUCUUCAUCAAGUGAAAAUAGAAGAAACAUAUCAGAGUGCAUAUACCAUCAUUUGUGUAUCUACAAAUAUGCCAAAACCGUCAAUGUUAUAUUCAACGAGGUGCUUUUUGUUCAAUUCUUUGGUAGUAUAUUGGUAUUAUGUACAAGUGUAUAUUUCCUGUCAAUGCAUAUUACAGAGCUGUCGGCAAUUGCGAAUUUAUUAGUAUAUACCAUUUGCAUGUUUGUACAAAUCUUCGUUUACUGCUGGUCCGGAAACGAAGUCAUUCUUAAGAGUACGAACGUAGGAGAGACUGUAUAUCGUAUGAAUUGGCCAUUAUUGCCAGUUAACGAAAAGAAAGCAUUGCUGAUGAUUAUGAUGCGCAGCACAAUUCCUAUAAAAUUCACUAGCAGCUUCUUGAUAACUUUAUCUCUUCAGUCUUACAGUAAUGUUAGUACCAUUAUUUAUUGCAUUGGUAAAAAAAUAUAUAUUUGUCGUAUUAAAAAGAUACGCGCGUUGUGUGAGGAUUUUAAAAACAUCAUACUCAGCAUUCAACGUACUACAAAAUUUUCUAAAUGUUAUACAUGUAGGAAGGUGUUUAAUUUUUUGUGUUCCAAGCUAUCUGUAAUUAUGCAACUGCUUACUCUUAAUUUUUUAAUAUAUACCGUCGCCGGUAUAUGGCGGCCUAUCGAAUGGUCAUCGAAUGGUGCCAAGCUGCUGUACAAUAUAUUUACCAGCGUUAUACUAUUCUUGGAAUAUUUUUUGGUGAUAAGUCAAUUCAUGGAUAUUUUGCUCGUGGUCGACAACGUUGAUGAUUUCGUUGCGAAUUCUUUAAUGUUCGCGAGUAUCGUUGCUGUCACUUCCAAAGCGACUCUCGUUGUAAUACGCCGAAAUGCCAUUGUCAAGUUGGUGCAAAUGCUGUUGACGAUACCGUGUAAACCUCAGGACGAGAGCGAAGAAGUAAUACAAACAAAAUUUGACAAGUUCAUCAGAUCGUGGUCGAUAAGAUAUUUACUUUUGGCGAUGAGUUCUCUUACGAGUGUAACGCUACGAUCAGUGCUAAAUGUCAUAGAGGGUCAAUUACCUUACAGAGUAUGGAUACCAUAUGAUUUUAAUAUACCUCUGGUGUUUUGGAUGGUAUCCAUUCAGCAGAUCAUAGCUCUGAUUUUCGCCACUUUCAUAAAUGUCGGCACGGAAACCUUAGUUUUUGGAUUGUUUUUGCAAACGUGCGCCCAAUUUGAAAUUUUUGAAAAUCGUCUAUAUAAAUUCGUAUCUAAUAAAACAGUUAAAUUAAAACAUUCAUUUAUAUCGCCAAUUAAAGAAAAGUCAACGAUAUCGGAAUACAUACAUCAUCAUCUCAGCAUUUACAAAUAUGCCAAAACAUUGAAUAUUAUAUUCAAUCAAGUACUCUUUAUUCAAUUCUUCAGCAGUAUCUUGAUCUUAUGCACGAGUGUAUUUUACAUGUCGACGCAUAUCUCGGAAUCUGGAACCAUGACUUUACUAAUAUAUACUAUUUGUAUGUUUGUACAAAUUUAUGUCUAUUGUUGGUCUGGAAACGAAGUUAUGCUUAAGAGUACGAGCAUAGGAGAUGCGAUAUACGACUUGGACUGGCCUUCACUAUCAAUCAGUGAAAGAAAAGAAUUGUUGAUGAUCAUGAUGCGUAGUACAAUUCCUAUAAAGUUUACCAGUAGUUUCUUAAUAACUAUAUCUCUUCAAUCUUACAGCAACAUCCUGAAAGCAUCAUAUUCGGCAUUUAAUUUGUUACAACGAUAAGAUACACAUAUGUUUAGUCAUAAUAAUAAUAUUUGUAAUUUUUUUGAGAAAUUAGUGGUUGUAAGUCUCGAAAUUUCUACUUACAUGUUUUUUUUCUUAUUCUUUGUCACAAAAGAGGACGCGUGCACUGAAAGAAAUACUGACAUCUUUAUUUAUUUACGACUAUCUUAUUCGUUUAUUUUUUAUGCCUCGAGCAGUGAAUAAUAUAAUGUACAUCGAGAACAUGCACUUAAUCCAUAAAAGAUUUAUUAAAAUUUAUAAUAC